GUACAUUAUCAUUACCGGCCUUACACUACGAAUUUGGACGGUUUAUCGCCGGCUUACAAUAUUUAUUUACUGUCGUGCUUCGCCCAGUCCGCCCACUUUAAGUCUUCAAACGCUCCACCACAAAAAACAAUAACACAAUGGCCGCAACACAGUCGCAGCCCGACUUUCUGACGACGGCGGGAAAUAUGCUGGAAUUCCACGAAAAUAUGGACAGGAACAAGCCGGGACUCCUUGAACUAACAGGUGUCAGUCAACACGGCAGAGCGACAACCAGCGGGCUUAAUGAUUACGACUACCAAAGCCUUACAUUCAUGAAAUCGGACGAAACACAUAACCUACAACAACUGCGAACGAUUAGCAAGUCCAGUAUACCCAACGAGAUCCUGGAGCACUUCAAACACAUAAAAUGCCACUGUACGAUGGGACUCUUUCCGGAGAUCGGUCGCGCCUGGCUAACCAUUGACUCAGAGAUAUACAUUUGGACCUUUAAUCAAGCCCGGGAUGUCGCCUACUACGAUGGCCUAAGCCACCUAAUCGUUAGUGUGGGUCUGGUCAAGCCAAGAGAUGGCGUUUUUGUGAACGACGUGAAGUACCUCUUGGUGCUUACCACACCCAUCGAGGUAAUUGUACUGGGCGUCACCUUUGCGGAGAACGCUUACAAAGAAAUGCAACUGAUGAACAGGCCUAUAUUCGUCGUCGGUACGGACAACGUUUCCAUCAGUGUAAUCAAGGGAUCCGAGGACGGACGAAUUUUUAUGGGUGGUCGCGAUGGCUGUCUGUAUGAGUUUUUCUACCAGGCAGAGUCCACUUGGUUCGGCAAACGUUGUAAAAAGGUUAAUCUCUCUCAGGGAUACGUGUCUCUCAUGGUCCCCAGCUUCCUGAAAGUUUUUUCGGAAACGGAUCCCAUUGAACGCAUUGAGAUUGAUAAUAGCAGAAAGCUGCUUUAUUUGCUCACGGAAAAAGGAUCGAUCGAAGCCUGGGAUAUCGGAAGGGAUUACACGCAUGCCAGAAGGCUGGGAAGAAUGACACAAAACGAUAUGGCAAGCCAAGCAGUUGGUUUAAUAACUACCUUGGAUCCAUCCAUAUUCAAGAGUGUCAAAGCCAUUUGCCCUCUGACCGCCGAUGACUCAGACAAACUGCACCUCAUGGCCGUCACACAGUGUGGUGUGAGGCUAUAUUUCUCCACAAAAUCGCUAAAUGCACAAACCGGCCUUAGUGCCUGCCCGCCAUCAGAUAAUGUCCUCUAUGGUCAGUCCAACCAAGCAUCAAUAUUGGCAGAAACUGAACCUCCAAAAGGACUAUACUUGUAUCAUGUACGCCUCCCGCCCGGGCACACGCCCAACGCCACCACCAACAAACCAAAGCAAGUACAUGCCGCAUUUUACACGGAGGGCACCAUGCUGAUGAUCACAACGCAACAGCAAGAGCAGGAUCUGCUGUGGUCAGUUAGCUCGGCACCGUCAGUGAAUUUCCCUUACCUGGUAGAAUCCACGGCGCUGGAGAGCCUGGACGGAGUGGUUUGGGGUAUGGCUGAAGUCGAAGAGCCGUCGCAGUCAAAGCUAAAGUCCCCUUUGAACAGCGCAAGAUCCUCGAGGAAAGUGGCGUUGUUGACCAAUCAGGGCACCCAAAUCAUAGAGCUGCUGAAAAUGGCCGACAUCCUAAUGCAGAUCCUCCUGGCGUGUAAUGGUCCUCAUCACGAAGAGGUUAAAAUGUUCUUCCACUCAAAGAACCAGCGCGAGGCCUGCGUUACCGCUCUUCUGCUGGCCACAUCGGAGCGGUAUCGCGGCGGUGAAAUCCACCUGUGGGCCACCCAAGCGUUUAUGCUGUACGGCGGUGAACCGUGCUUCCAGCACCAAAAGUUCGCCAGCGCCAAUAACCGCAAUGUGGCCAACCAAACCCUGGGUCCAAGUCCCAACGUUUCGGUCGCAAGGGACCGUUUACCAAUGUACAUGUCCACGCCCAUGCCAAAUACCGGAGCGGCUGGCAAUUCUUUUCCAGCUUCGCAAUACAAUGUGCCACUUAGUCCUAUUGGAAUCAAUCAGCAAACGCAACAGCCAUCCGUUAAUAACGAAAAUUCACCGAUCAUCUUCUCUGCCAAACACGACGGAUUGUACCUGUACGUUGGCAGGAUGCUGCGUCCCAUUUGGCAAAUGCGUUGCGUGGAUGAUAACUUUUGCUCCAAACUGCAAGUGCAGGAUUGUGAUGGUUUGCUUUGUGAUCUACUAGCCUUGCGGAGUUUCUUGGAAGCUCACUCGGUUCAUGAUAUUUCCACUUCGAAUCGUGCCCCGUUUGAAAGCCAUAUAGAUCGGACCAGCGGGUACAGUAACAUCUUAAUAAACAACAGCCACAUGCCCCUUACAGAACAAAGAAAUUUGAGCGAGCAGGCUCAGGUGGAAGAGAAGCGAUCCCUCUCGUCCCUCAAUCUGUUUAUAAAACACGCCUGCGAGGUUAUAUCACUUUGGAGUAUCUUAACCCACCAUCCGUUCCAGCAGAUAUGCCUGCAACUUAGCCCCGAGCAGAAAAAGAUGUUGAAGUGUUGCUCUUUCCGUGACCUCUUCCUGACCCGGUCAGAGGUGUGCGCAUUUUUGAUUAUUUCUUUAAUAAAUCUAUACCUCAAGGACAAGGCGGGUGUGAGCGACGUAUCAGCCAAAUUGCGCGACAAAUGCCCCAAUCUCUAUAGACACGAAGACGCUGUGACGUCCAAGGCCACCGAGCUUCUAAUGACCGCUAAGAAUUCCACUUCCCGAAGCGAAAAGGAGCAAUGCUUGCGCACCACUCUGCACAUAUGCAAGGAAGCUGCUCCAACUCUUCCACUGCACAGUAUUUGUCAACAAUUUAUUUCCGCGGACUUCUUUGAAGGGGUUGUCGAACUUACAGCCGUAUGUGCAGCCAAAAGCGACCCCGAAGAAGUGGGUAUACACUUCUAUAAUAACGGCGAGCCCACAGAGGAUCGCGAGGGCUACACUUGCUAUGCCACAAGAAUGAAUUACUAUAAAGAAGUCCAAAUGAUGCUGGACCAUGUGUACCAAACAUCUUGCAAUAAAAAAACUAUGCAGGAACAAGCGCAAUCUCACAUUCAACCCAAAAGUGUUCCAUCUACAAAGAGUUCUACGAAGCAAACGAUCCAAAAAAUUGUGUCACAAACUCUUCAAAUCAAAGACCCUUUAAUACAUGUCACCCUAUACGAAUGGCUUCUGGCCCACGAAAUGUUGAGUGAACUAUUGGAAGUUGUGGAGCCAUCGCUGGGCGAGUUCCUGCGACGCAGCGUAUCGAGAAACGCGGAGAAUGUCAUUCUCAUUGAUUUACUGUGGAAAUAUUACGAAAAGAACGGGCAUCAUGCCCAGGCCGCUCAGAUUCUGGAUAACUUGGCAAUGACUAGGAGCGAGAAUAUAACACUGGAACAGCGAAUCGAGUACUUGGUGCGGGCAGUAAUGUGUAUGCGAAAUGGAAACGUUGGUUCUUCAAUAACUAAUGGAAUCUUUCUCAAGGAACUGGAAGAUAAGCUGGACAUUGCACGAGUCCAAAAAGGUGUGCUGGCGGAUAUGAGAGCACUGGCCAGUAGAAAUAUCGAAGCCGCCUCAGCCGUUAAGGAGUUAAACUUUGCUCUGUACGAUAUCACACAAUUAUAUCAGCAUUUUGCGGAACCCUUCAAUCUAUGGGAAUGCCAAUUGUCUAUAUUGAACUGCUCCCAUCACAAUGAUCCACUGCUGAUUGAGUCAGUAUGGGGUAAUAUAAUAAAUAGCAUUGUAGAAGAGCCGGGAACAACGCAUGAACGGAGUGUCAGAUUGUUCACAAAGAUGGAGCUUUUAGUGCGCGAAUAUGGAGAGUCGGGAGCUUGUUUCCCAUUUGCUUUCCUUAUCAGGGAGCUUGAAAUUAAAGCCUGCCAACUGAAAUUACCCGAAGGAAUAGUGCCAGAGAAACUGGUGACAAUGAAUCUAGAUGUUGAGCUACUUCUAGAAUACUAUUCAAGAAUGAUAUCCAUGAACGAGCGAGUGUGGGCCAACGAGGGUAACGAAUGGCAUUUGAUUCAAUCCGCCAUUCGGGUGGUCUCCCUUCUAGCAGACAACGCACAAACUAUUUGGUACCGAUCCAAAAGAAGGAUUAUUGGCAAGGCCCAGGAUAUUGUGGCGGGCUGCUUAAAUAUUUGUUACCAAAAGCCCGACACCAAUCGUCUGCAGCACUCUCUCAAGGAACUUCAAAGUCGACUGCAGCGGCUAUUAAUUUAAACUUUAGAGCGCCCCUUUUUUUUGUCUUAAAGUGCAUAAUAUGAUUGAAUUGAAAAAACUUGGAUUAGAUGUUAAGUUUGACUGAGAUAUAUGUGUUUGUAUUAAAGGUGUUAAAAUAAAAUGAUUUCCUAUAUAA